GUUUAAUAUUAUUAAGUAAGAGAAAAUAAAAAAUUUAAAUGUCAAUUCAAGUAAAACUUAAAGUGGCAAAAUUUUAAAAUAAAUUGAAUUUGAUUAGUUGGUUGCUUAAGUUAAAAGAGACAACUACAUCAAGGCAGACAUGGAAAACGGCAACAUAAAAUAUCAAAAUAUUAGUUUACCCGUGGGUCAGCUUAGAGGCUGUGUUAGAAAAACAAUUUACGAUGAAGAAUAUUAUAAUUUUGAGGGUAUACCUUAUGGUCAGCCACCUAUAGGUGAUUUAAGAUUUAAAGCACCAUUACCGGCUAAACCAUGGACUGGGGUAAGGGACUGUUUGGAAUUCGAUGUCAGACCUAUGCAGAAGAGUUCUUUAACGGGUGAGAUAAUGGGUUCAGAAGAUUGUCUGUAUUUAAAUGUUUAUGCUAAAAAGCUUGAUACCGAAAAACCUCUUCCCGUUAUGGUGUGGAUAUAUGGUGGUGGUUUUGCAACUGGCGAAGGUACAAAAAAUCUCUACAGUCCUGAUUAUUUUAUGAAGGAAGAUAUAGUGCUGGUUACUUUCAACUACAGACUGUGUUCACUCGGUUUUCUAAGCGUCGAAGAUCCUACCCUUCAAAUACCCGGUAAUGCUGGUUUAAAAGAUCAAAUAUUGGCCUUAAAAUGGGUUAAGCAAUAUAUUAAACAUUUCAAUGGUGAUCCAGACAAUAUUACCGUAUUUGGUGUAAGUGCUGGUGGUGCAUCUACUCAUUAUUUAACCUCUACACCUCAGACCAAAGGUCUUUUACACAAGGCUAUAUGUAUGUCGGGUUCGAUGCUUAAUAAUUGGGCUAAUACACCUCAAAAAGAUCAUGCAUAUCGUUUGGCUAAAUUUCACGGUUACGAGGGUGAUAAUAAUGAUAGAGAUGUAGUCGAAUAUCUGAAAAAACUAGAACCCCAAAAAUUGGUUCAACAUGAUAUUUUAACUGAUCAAGAAAAACGUAAUGGUGUUAUGUUUACUUUUGGUCCUUGUAUCGAAAGUUAUGUUGGUGAGGAUUGUGUGAUACCACAAGAACCUCGUGAAAUAUUAAAAUCGGCUUGGGGUAAUGAUAUACCUAUAAUGAUGGGAGGUACCUCUAAUGAGGGCUAUUUAAUGUAUCCUAAAUUAAAAAUGUUUCCACAAGCUAUGAAUGCCAUUAAUAAAGAUUUGGAAAGAAUGUUACCUGUAGAGGUAAGAGAAGACGAUAAGGAGAAAACUUUAUUAAAAGCCCAACGUUUGUUAAGGAUACAUUUUGGUGAUAAAACUCCCAGUAAUGAAUGUAUGGAGGAAUUUUUAGAUUUUUAUGGCUUUAAAGCUUUCUGGCAUGGUUUUCAUCGUUCUUUACUUUCACGCCUGGCCUAUGCCAAAGCUCCCACUUACCUUUAUCGUUUCGCCUUUGAUUCGCCUACUUUUAAUCAUCAUCGCAAACGUUUCUGUGGAGAUGAUCUGAAAACCGGUGUAGCUCAUGCUGAUGAUGUUUCAUAUAUGUGGUAUGGUUUUUAUGCCUGGAAAUUGGAUAAAUCUAGUAAGGAAUAUAAGACUAUUGAGAGAAUGAUUGAUAUAUGCACUAGUUUUGCCAAAACUUCAAAUCCAAAUUGUGCCUCUACUAACAAUAUAACCUGGCUGCCUUUGGCUUACAAUGAAGCUAAUUUAGCUUUAAAUAUUAGCGAUGAUUUAAGUUUUGAAAUUAUACCCGAAAAGGAGAAAUUUGUUGUAUGGGAUUCAUUGUAUGAAGCAAAUAAAUUAUUUUAGUUAAUUGUUGAAAAAAAAA